AUGAGGGUCGCCGUGGACGACCAAGAGAUGAUGCGCGUGGAAGUGGUCGAUGUAAACUACUACAUGGCAAAGCCACUACCAGCACUCGCGAUCCCUUGUUUGCCACAGGGUCCUUGCUACCGACGCGCUCGGGUUGUUCCAGUCGUUCGAAUCUUUGGCGCAACACCUGCAGGACAAAAGUGCUGCGUGCACGUGCACGGGAUCUUUCCUUACUUUUACAUGCGUUGCGAGAACGAUCAUGCAUUUGAGUCCGUCGACGAACUGGUCGCCUUGCUUCCGAAGAUUGCUCAAGAUAUUGAGGCUGCCGUGCGGACCCUGUCCCAGGCAAAUGGCAAGGCGCCACAAGCAGCUACCAUGGCCGUACAUGCUAGCAAAGCUUCUCAUCGUCCGCACACCAUCACAAUCGCCAAGCUGGCCGUCGUGACAGGUGUACCGUUCUACGGCUACCACUCGUCCGAGGCGCUGUUCGUCAAGGUUUUCAUGUACGACCCCGCGAUGAUGAGCCGAAUUGUGCAGGUUGUCGAGAGCGGCCUGGUCACGCAGCGCACAUUUCAGCCGUAUGAGGCGCACAUCCCGUACCUUCUCCAAGUCUUUGCAGAUUACCACAUCGAAGGAAUGAAUUAUUUGAUUGCCCGUGAUUUCAAGUUUCGCCGGCCACUGCCGCAUGCACAACCUCACUUGUCAUCAGACAACAAUGCGGUGUGGCUGGCCCCACCGAGUGCAGGGACAACGUUCGCUGGGCGGGAAGCGCCAGUUGUCUCGAGCUCGUCUUGGAACGGUCGAACAUCCGUCUGCAGUUUAGAGCUCGAUGUGUCGAGCCAAUGCAUCUUGAACCCCACCGGUGCCAUGUCGGACAGCCAGUGCUACGUGCCAUCGCUGGCACCUCUUUGGGAGGAGGAAAAACUCCGCCGGCAAGCUGCCGGUCUCCAUGGCACCCCCGAUGCACCUUUGAGCAUCCCGCGCCAAGUUGGCGGGACCCCCGACGAACAACGCAACGAGGCGUCCCCGCUGUCGCAAUCCGACUUCAACCAGCAGAUGUGGGCGUCAUUGGAGUCGAUACUUGGCAAGGUCAAGGCCGCGACGGACGCAAGUAACGACGUCAGCACUGGAAUCACUGCGUCCUCUGGUUUCGAGUCCACGCUGCUGUCCCAGCAGCAAUCGCCACACGAAUCCAUCCAUCCCAUGCUUACAUACAGUCAGCUGGACGAUGGGGACCUACCGAACGAAGACUACAAAGAGAUUGAAAAUGCAGAGCUGCUCGCGUUGUUGGCGAUCCUGCAGAAUACAGGCACGGAAGGCGACAUGUUGGACGCCCAGCGAGAAGGGUGGAAUGAACAUUGUGACGAUGAAGAAUGUGACCUGGAGGGCCAAGAGGACGAUAACGAAGGCAGCGACAUCAUGGCGUCCCAGCAGAAACUAGACAACCCCGAUGACGAUGACAAGCCGUGGUGGGAGGCGCAAGACGGCGGGCGCCUCGAACCGAUUGCCCAUGAAGUGGUGGAAGCCCCUGUCGACAGUGACAAUGUCAUUGAAGACAUCACAGAGUCGCCAAAAGCGACACCACCGGUGCGCUGCAGUGACUCAGGCACUGCUUCAGGCGUGUAUAAGUUUGCCGCCGACCCCCCCCUUGUGCAUGAUGUCUUGACGGGCGGCUGGACCGAGAUGCCAAUGGUACACUACAGCUGCGACGAUGACGUACCUGACAAGCCCGUUGUCUUUGCUGGCCGCCGCGUAGCAUUUCACAAACACGGGUUAGCGCGCCUUCGAAAUUACCCUGAAGGCGCGUCAGGAUCAAGAACCCCCACGUCGCGACGAAAGAUCCAACGUGUUCGAACACCUCUUCGUCCUCCCCCCACCACGGCGGAAUUGCGGGCAGACAGAGAUGGAGCGUUGCCGGCAAAGAGAUCGUCGUGGCAAGCGUCCCAGCCAGCACUUCGAACGGCACCAAGCAUCGUCCACACGUCGCAUGUCACCAUACUGUCGGUCGAACUGCACGUCAACACGCGGGAGGCCCUGCUACCAGACCCAGCCCACGACGCGGUCGUCGCGAUUGGGUACACGUUGGAGGCAAAUGAAGGCAGCACGUGCAUUUCAGAGACCGGACUUCUCUUGGUCGAUGCAGCGGACGAUGCCACAGCUCGUUCGAAGCAGUUCUUGGCCAACCGCAUUGUGACUGUGCAGACCGUGCUGAGUGAAGCCGCGCUGUUUGUGGCGCUGGACCGGCUCGUGCAUACAUGGGACCCUGAUUUUCUUGUUGGUUUUGAAGUGCAGCAAGGAUCGUGGGGGUACCUUAUCGAUCGGGCCACGAUGCUGUCGCCGCCAGUGAAUUUGAUUCAAACUCUGUCCAGGUUACCGCUGGCGCCGAUGGACUCACGAAACUCGUUCAUGCCAUCCAACGCAUUCGACGGACAGCCCGCGAAGAUUGGUACCGAAUGGGGGAUGAAAAAGGCGUCCGGAAUUUGGAUGCACGGUCGGCAUAUCUUAAAUCUAUGGCGCUGCGCUCGCUCCGAGUUCAAACUCGCCCGGUACACGUUUGAAUCGGUCGUGGCGCACGUGUUGAAGCGACGGGUUCCAGUGUACUCGUUUCAAGUCCUUUCCCAGUGGUUCCAAGCGAGUGGGUCCGUGCGAUUGCGAGCGCUUGAGCACGUCGUCACCAAGACAAUGCUCAAUGUGUCGCUGCUCGAUGCCAUGCAGCUCAUCACACGGACCAGUGAAAUGGCUCGACUGUUCGGCAUUGACUUUUUCUCCGUGCUCUCUCGUGGGUCGCAAUAUCGAGUCGAAGCGGUAAACAUUCGUGUGACGAAGCGGUUCAAUUACAUCAUGAUCUCCCCCAACCGACAGCAAGUCGCAGCGCAGCCCCCCAUGGAGUGCAUCCCCCUCGUCAUGGAACCGAUGUCUGCUUUCUACGGCGACCCAGUGGUAGUUCUGGACUUUCAGUCUCUGUACCCAUCCAUGAUGAUUGCGUACAAUAUUUGCUACUCCACGUGCCUCGGGCGCCUGAAGAAUGGCAUGGACGACGAGCUCGAGACUGUUUUUGGCGCCGUUUCGAACUACGUUGUCGACACGAAGGGUCUUCUCGAGUCGGGACUCAACACAACGAUCACCCCAAAUGGCGUGUUGUUCUGUCCAAAGUCCCAACGCCAAGGCGUGAUGCCGCUCGUGUUGUCGGAAAUCCUGUCGACCCGCAUCAUGAUUAAGCAAGCGAUGAAAGCUACGACGGAUCGCCAACUGCGUCGUGUGCUCGAUGCGCGGCAAAUGGCGCUCAAAAUGAUCGCCAACGUCACGUACGGAUACAUGGCGGCCAGCUUUUCUGGUCGCAUGCCAUGUGCGCAGCUUGCAGACGCCAUCGUGCAGUGUGGCCGCACCACGCUGGAAGCGGCCGUGAAAACAGUCGAGUCCCAUGCGGCAUGGCACGCCCGCGUCGUGUAUGGAGAUACCGACAGUCUUUUCGUCCAACUGCGGGGGCGAACGCUCGAGCAAGCGCUGCGCAUCGGUCAGGAAAUUGCAAACGUAGUGACGGCACAAAAUCCAAAACCAGUGUGUUUGAAGCUCGAGAAGGUGUACAUGGGCUCCUUCCUCGUCUCCAAGAAGCGAUAUGUUGGGCUCAAGUUCGAAUCCAUUCACGACAAAGGCCAGCUCGAUGCCAAAGGCAUCGAAACGAUACGGCGCGACUCGUGCGGCGUGGUACAGCACCCGAUGCGCCAUUGGCUUCGACUUCUCUUUGCCACCCGUGACCUUUCCGCAUGCAAGAAAUACCUCCAACGGUACUGGAUUGAUAUGCACGACGGAAACAUUCCGCUCCGGCACUACAUCUUUGCCAAGGAAGUUCGCCUGGGCACGUAUGCAGGCCAAGGUCCCCCCGGCGUGUUGGUGGCGAAGAAAGCAAUGGCAAAAGAUCAUCGGGCCGAACCACGAUAUGCAGAACGAGUGGCAUAUGUGGUCGUCCGAGGUCCGCCAGGAGCAAGGUUGAUGGACCUGGUGGUUGCUCCCGACGAAAUGGUAGCACUUCAAAAGCAUUCGAUCAAUAUCGACUACUACGUCACCAAACAAAUGUUGCCAAGUUUUGAGCGGCUGGCGAUUCUCAUGGGCGUGGAUGUCCGACAAUGGUACAACGUCCUGCCUCGGAAAGCAGAGCGUGCGACUGGUGGGCCGGCCAAGUCGAUGACGCGAAUCGACGCAUUUUACUCGAGCCAGCACUGCCGCGUUUGUGACACAAGGAGCUUCCACCGAGGAAUUUGCGCCGAGUGUCGAGCGGCCCCGGGACGGACCCACCUGGCAGUGCGAUCCCAAUUGGGUCUAUUCGACGCCGAACUUGCGUCGUUACGUCAAGUGUGUGCGCAGUGCAUGGGGUCGUCGUUCGGCGGGUCGUGGGACCGCGAGUCGAUGGCGUGCCGCAACAUGGAAUGUGCCGUGUGGAAUGCAUGGCUCCCGGCGGCCGUGGCGAGGGAAUCGUGGACGGCAUGUUGCCAAUCCAUAGAAGUUUGA